UUAUGCUCGUGGCGGGGUUGCUUCUCCUGGUGCAUGGCGGUCUGUCGGCGGAAUCCACCCCUUGUUCAGCCUUCCAAGUGUCAUGGAGAGUUUGGGACUUCAGGCAGUAACACUGACUGAUGGCUCUACAGCAUAUCUCCAGCACAGUUUUAAGGAAGGCAGAUUGCUGGAAGCACAGACAAUUCAACUGGAUGAUGGGACCACAGCCUACAUCCAGCAUGUUACUGUGCAGAAAGAUUCCUUUGCUUUCGAAGAUGGGCAGGCUGUGAGACUAGAUGAUGGUUCGACUGCAUUUAUCCACCACACCACAAAAGAUGGCUUUGGCUCUGGUGCUUUAGAGGCAGUGGAGUUGGAAGAUGGCACCACGGCGUUCAUCCACCAUGCUACUGCCAUGCAGGCUGUCAGCAACACAAUUCUAGCAGUGCAGAGUGAAGCAGAUCUGGAAGGACUUACAGGAGCAGAUGGCACUGUUGAUGCAGAGACGAUCAGUGUGUUGGAACAGUAUGCUACUAAGGUUUCAGAGGUACCAGAACUGGAGGAGGAUGCCAACUGCAUACACGGAAAUGGAUCCACCAGGUGUACCAUAGAGGUUGUGGUCGAUAAUGAAGUAUGUGCUGGAAAAAUUGGCUGUGGAGAUAGGACUCAACAGCUUGGUGAAAAAGCAUUCCGCUGUGACUAUGAAGGCUGUGGUCGACUCUAUACCACUGCACACCACCUAAAGGUGCAUGAGCGAGCUCACACAGGAGACAGACCAUAUAGAUGUGAAAUCCAUGGCUGUGGGAAGGCAUUUGCUACAGGGUAUGGCUUGAAGAGUCAUGUGAGAACUCACACGGGUGAAAAACCUUAUAAGUGUACAGAAGACAUGUGCAAAAAAGCUUUCAAAACAUCUGGUGAUUUGCAGAAACAUGUCCGCACUCACACGGGUGAACGUCCAUUCAGAUGUCCAUUUGAAGGGUGUGGUCGUUCAUUCACAACCUCCAACAUUCGGAAAGUUCAUAUUCGAACACAUACAGGGGAACGCCCAUAUAUGUGCCCAGAGCCAGGUUGUGGCAGAGGAUUUGCCAGUGCCACAAAUUACAAGAAUCACAUGAGAAUCCACACUGGGGAGAAGCCUUACGUGUGUACAGUGCCAGGCUGUGGCAAACGCUUCACUGAAUACUCAAGCCUCUAUAAACACCACGUGGUUCACACCCACUGCAAGCCAUACACCUGUAGUCACUGUGGCAAAACGUAUCGCCAGACUUCCACAUUAGCCAUGCAUAAACGCAAUGCCCACGGUGAACUGGAGGCCACAGAAGAGAGCGAACAGGCCUUAUAUGAGCAGCAACAGCAACAAGAGCAUGACGACUGUGAAGAAUUAGAGCCUCCAGCAAAACGGCAGUGUGUUACAUUCUUGCAGGAAUCGGAAUGUGAAAAUGGUAUCCCAGCCCAAGUGACCAUGGUUACUCAGAAUGGGAUGACAUCACAGGUGGCUCUCAUUGCACAGGAUGGAAGUGAUGAGGUGAGUUUGUCACAUGAAGAGUUGCAGGCACUGGGAACAGCCAUCACUAUGGUGACCCAUAAUGGUACCACCAUAGCCAUGCCAUCCCAUAGUGGUGACAUUACAACUUCAGGUGCGCACACUGUGACUAUGGUCACAACUGAUGGUACAGAAACACAGCCAGUUGCUUUAGUGACAUCUGAAGGGGCGCUGUCUGGUCAUUCUUCGGUGACUACACUGCAUCAUCAGCAGGUGGCUUUACUAGCAACAGCAAAUGGCACACAGAUUGCAGUACAGUUGGAAGAACAACAGACUCUAGAGGAAGCCAUUAGUUUGGCAACGGCAACUAUUCAACAGGAUGGCACAAUGGAAGAAGACAGUUGUGGCUGAAACCUGAAGCUCUUUGAGAUUUUGGGAUGCAGAGCUAGUUUGACCAGACAAAAGCACUCAGCACACAGCACCUAUCAGAACUUUGACUAAAGCUCUUCUGGGAAACUGAAGCAACAGCUUUGGUUCUAAUGGAAUUUGAAAUAACUGGAUAUUUAUUUUUCCUCCACUUUACAGUUUGGAACAAUUAAUCCUCGGAGAUCAGGCAUCAGAGAAUGAGUGUGCAGUUGGCUGCAUGUACUGCUGUUGUGUAGUAAGUAGGAUUUUAUAAAAGCUGGACAGAGCAAAGAAGGAUUUAAUACAUAUAUGUCAUAUGAGAAAUGUUGAGUCUCAUAGUCUAGUCAUAUUUCAUACACUUCUGGUAUGUGGUUAAAAAAAGAAAAUUGCACUUUAUCAAGUGCCUGAUGGACAGAAUUUCCAUCUGACUGAUAGUAAAAUCUGUGUGAGGAAAUGAACUGCAGGUAUAAGGCAAUUUAACAUUUAUGUACUCACUAAAACUGUACAGGUGACAUUUUUCUGCAUGUUGUCAGAUUUUUUGUUUUUCUUUUUCUAAAAAUAUUGAAAGACCCACAGUUUUCUUUAAGAAUCCACCGGUGAGCUGUUCCUAGGAGCAUGCAGUAGGGAGAGGGAGGACUAGAGUUUGAAUUCCACAACUGAUACUGCCAUGGAAAGAAUUGCAAAGUUGAGGGAGAUGAUUAUUUUAAUGCUUUCAGGCGGAUACUAAAUGUUGGAGCAUUGAAGCUGAUCCUUUAGCACAGUGGUAGUUUUUGUUGCUGGUGACCCAGUAGAUCAGAUCUGAGACAGGACCAUGGCUUUCUUAAGGGCAGAGAGCAGCUGAGCAGUAUAGAAAAUUCUGAAGUUCUUACCAGUGCAUGUCAUCUUAGUAAUACGAGCCACAGAAAUAAGGGCAGGGUAGCCGUGGUUGUCAUUUUAGCCAUACAAAGGAGUACUCUGUAGAAGAUGGCUAGUAAUUGAACAACUCUGUUUUCAUUGUCUGCAGUGUUUUUUUUCCUCAAUGCCUACCCAGAGCCCUGGGUAGUCUGUUUUUGAGUGUGGAGGAAAAAAUGCAAAACCUGUAAAAUGGCAUUGGCUGCACACUGGAGUAAUAUAGUGAUUCAUUGCCAGAACUUUCCUGAAGGUUUUAGGCGUUGCCCUGGUUUACCAUCAUUAGAAGUAAUUGUUGGCAGUAAUACUUAAGUCAGCUUCAAAUAUAGUCACUUUGAUUGUUUGAAAAGCAGGACCAUCAUCAUUACCUCUGCCCCAUUUUUUUAUAUGAAACAUGUUUCCUGAAGUCGGGAUACUGUAAAAUUACUGUAUCAGCAUGAUACAUGCAUAAGGAUGAUCUAUAUAUUUGAAUUAAUCCACUGCCUGUUCCAUGUAACUGUUGCAAUAGUAGUGCAUGGACUACAUUUAAAAAUCCUGCUGUUGUAAGACUAAGGAUUUUGUCAUUCUGUCUUGUACACAGGAUUAGCUUGUAAUAUUGUUGACUUUAAAAUGCAGAGGAAUGAAUAACAUCUUCUCAUGAAGUUAAAGAAACUCCACACAUGAGUUACUGAGCAGACACAGAUAUGAGUGAAAUUCAGCAUGUUUUUUUCGAGAUGCCCCUUGGGUUACCAGAAAUGUAACAGUGAAGCACUUUUGAACUCAGGAUUGAGAGACUACUUUCUGGAAAGAAGCAAUGCCUGUUUUAUUAUCAAAGGGAUGUCAUGCUGUGUAUUAAUAUAAAAAAAAUACUGUAUGUUAGUAUGAAAAACUCAUUCAUCCACAUCAGUUCUAGCACAGGCCCACCCAGUAUGUACUGCUUAUUUGCAUAACUGUGUCACAAGCAUUCAUCACACCAGAAGCAAAAAGGCACAGGUGCUCCUGUUAUAUAGUAUAGAGAGCUAAGCAAAAAUUACCUAUCUAAGAAUAAUAGGCUAACUGGUCUAAGUGAUCCAUGUUUUAUUUUAGAUGGGUGAAAUGCUAUUUUUUCUGUUGUUUAAAGAAACGCCACAUAAAACAUACUGCACAGACAUGGAUAUGAGUGAAAUAGCACAUUUUUUAUUCUAAUGGUGGUAUCCAGUCCAUUCUAACAACUAGUGAGGUUUUUUUUUUUUUUUUUACUAAAACUGAAAAUAUAUAUAACUAAGUUAAAGCAGUGCAAACUUUACUUAGUGUGCACACCUUUCCCUCAUCCACAGGAGAAUGGGUAACAUUGCCCCCCCCCCCCCAAGGUAGAAUGAGUCCUACCAUUUCCUCAAACUACAUGUCUACUUCCUAGGUAGAGUGCCAAGGAUGUGAGGAUCAUUCCCAGUAGCAUGUGAGGAUCCUUCCCAGUAGCUUUUUUUUCCCCCUAUCUUUUCAUAAAAGACAGUGGUGGCUGCUGAUUUCAUCUUUUGAGGACCUCUUACUUUUACCCCAUUUUUUUCUUCUCUUUUUUUUUUUUACAUUCUUUGUGCAUUUGUUGAGGUCAUGGACGUGUGUUCCUGCUGAGGAGGGGAUGUCCGCACUGCCAUGUGUUUGCCAACACUCAGGGUAUGUAUAUUGCACACCCAUGCUAAAUGUAAGAAGGGUAGUGUGGCUGCUCUACUUUUGCGAGCUUACCUUACAGCAUAUCAUUGUGCACUGUUUGGAGAAGUAAUCAGACCACUGGUUAACCACACCCCCCCCCAUAACCAUGUUAUUAUGUGAGCCCUGUUUAAGUGUCUAAAUCAGUAGCCAAGCACCAGCACCAGCGCUGUGCAUGGGUACACAUUUCAUCAUACACAUGUAAAUGACCCCAUUUGCAACUUGCUUUGAAAAUAUCUACAGAUAUUUCCAAGGUCAAAUAGGUAACUGUCAGAAGAUUUCAGUUGUCUUUAGGACAUAAAAUGGCAUACUUGCUGUUUUUCCUAAUGCAAAGCAAAAUGAACAUUCAGGAAUAUUUAGUGUACUAUGGUUAGCUGAUGAAGUGAUCUGUGAUGUCUUGUGUCAUGGAUAAAAUCUUUUGUUUAUCAGAGUUAAUGUUGCCCAUCACAUGAUUGCAGAUAUUUUUCUUUCCUAUUAAGACUAAAUUUUACUGAUGUAUGUCUUAAAACUCUGUUGACGAGUCCUGUCCUUAGAUGUAUUAGUAUAACCAUUUUGCACACGAAUAAGUACACUGCGUGGGAAUACAGCUGAUUGAACUGAGCCACUAUGAAUGUUUAUGUACAGUUUGUGAAUCUGGGCAUGUAUAGCCUCUGCUCAGAUGCUGUGAAAUUCAGCACAGACUCAGCGGCAUAGCUAGCUGAUCUGGUGCUGUCCUCUGAUCUGACAACCCAUCCUCAACUUAAAGUUCAAGUACAAAAAAAAAUUCAAUCUCAAUCUAGUGGUCCUAAUUUAAGGAACAGAUAGUCCUCCUCUUGCAAAUCCACGCUAUUUGAGUGCAAAAUAAAUACACCCUCUUCCCUUGUCUGGUUCUCAUUUAUGUCACAAAUGGUGUGCUAAUGUGCUUCAGUUCAGACUUAAAAUGCAAAUGCUAAAAAAAAGUGUGACAGACUCUUUGCUAUUUGUAUUAUUUUUAAGUCACACAUGGAGUACUUUAGUGCUGCUUCAUUUCAGACUACAAAUUUAGUACUGGCAUUAUUUAUAAUGCACUGAAGACCUGAUCAUGACCCCUAACACUUUGUCCCAGCAGUGGCUGCCUUCUGCCUUCACCCUACCCUAAUUAUGCUUCUGCACAGCCUGUUAAAAAAAAAUUGAGUCUUCUGGAUUUUUCAUACUGAAAAAAAAAAAGGCACUCCACUUUACAAAUUGGACUAGUUCUGCUAUAAUGUAUCAUAGUAAGACGUUUCAUCUAAUCAGAUGUAAAACAUUCGUUGAAGUCACAGCAGCAUACCAGUUUUGUAUGUACAGACAAGGUGAGCCUAUGUGGCAUAUGAAUACCUCUCAGUAGUGUAAAAAGCACACACCCAUCUCUGCAACUGCAUGUUGUUGUGGGCUGUAUUACAUAUGGAAAUAAUUCCAGUUUUAAGCAGAAAUGCGGCAAAAACCGCAACAGUGUUCCGAUGUGCAAUGGAGUACUGUAAAUUAAAUCACUUAAUAAACUAAUCAGCUGCAAAGCUUUUAUUAAAUACAAGUGGAGUUUACUUUUACCCACUUUGUUUCAUAAACACUGAACUUCUGUAAAUUCUGGACAUAGUAAAUCAUGCAUAUUUUCAAUGAUGGGAAGUUUAAAAAGUAAAUACAAACAAAACUGCUUAGAAAGUGUGCGUGUGUGGUGUGUGCUAUUCCUCAGUUCAGUAGUGAAGGGGCUUCUCAGUGAUUUUGAAUUGUAUUCUGCUUUUAUUAUUCCAUUGCCAAAGAUCUCUGCUGUUCUGGUUGAAAUGCAUAACACUGACCAUAAAAAAUAUCUAUUUAACUAGGUAUGCCAAGCUUUUCAUACAAGAAGAGAAUAUUAUUGCUGCUCAUAGAGAUUUUGGCAUGUGUGCUUACUUCAGGUAGUGGAAUUUUGUUGGCCUGUAAACUUUAGCCAUUUUGAGGUAAAAAAAAAAAAAUUGUAACUGAGCUGUUUAUUUGUUUUUUUUUCCUGAAUCCAGUUAAAGAACCUUUAAAGCAAGAGUGCCACAUUAGAGAUAUAUAAAAUGAUGAUGCAACCUGACUGUAUUUUCCAAGUCUCGGCAAAACUGCAUUUUUUUUAAAUGUAUUCAUUAAUGCAGUUUGCUGUACUUCUAAUAAAGGGUCAAGAUGUGUUUAUUUUCUAGCUUCAUGCCAGCCAAUAUUUCUUUACUUAACCUAGUAUAUGUGCAACAGCAGGAAAUGUAAUGCAUCAUAUGAGUUGUACCUCACUUUGUGCUUUCCUGGUUUGAAUUAUGCAAGAUUAGUUCUUUCCCUUCCUUGUAAAUAUUUAUUUUUUCAUUUGUCCUCCAGCUUUCUGACCCAUUUAGGGUACAUCACCAAUCCCAGUGUUUGCAUAAAACAUCUGUAAAGGACUAUGCUGUUAAGUUGGAGCCUUUUCCAUAACUUAAAUUACUGUGAAAGGAAUAUUAGAAUAGUGAUACCUCUGACUUCUCUGGUUUAAUUACAGUAGUUUCAUAAGUGUGUAAUUAAGCUGUUGGUGGCUACACUGACAGGUGCUCAGAACAUCAGUUGUAUUUUACAAAACCUAUAAAUGUGUUCCCACCGCACGCAGACAUGAAGUGGCAAGCAUUAACCAGUAUCGGCACACAACGAUCAUUUAAGGCGACUUUCAGAUUUAGCUGCAUUCCAGCGCACAUCAUGUAACAGGGAAAGGGAUUAAUUUCUCCUUCAGCAUUUAGUGUACUUAAAAUCCAUUUGUUUAAAUCAGUGUCAUAAAAGUGAUUAGGGCAUGUUUAGUGGUUACAUGGGUGUUUUCUUACAGGGAUAUAAAAGUUCAUUGAACUUGUGCUGUAUUAAUUUUUUAUUUUUUUCUUAGACCAUAUUUAUAAUUGAAUUAUAGUUUUAUUGGAUGAGAUAAACGUGUACAUCUUUUUUUUCAUAUACACACUUUUAGCUGCAGGUAGGACAUUUUUUUCCCUCAGCUUUUGCACUUUCUUGGGCAUUUGUUUACAAAUGCAUUGUUUUGGUGAUUUAGUACAUUCACUUUGCAUAUUGUAGCUUGUUGCUUCCAGUAUGUGUCCAGUCCUAGGGACUGGGAGUAAUUCUUCCCGUGUUUCCCAAUAUUCCGAAUUAUGGACUUUGUCCUGCUUGCAGGAUCCACUUCUGAUAUUGAAUGUGGUCUUUAAUAUAGCUUAGCCCAACUCUGUCUCUACUCAGCUUCAUGUGCUGAGCCAGCUGCCUUGUUUCAGUUCCUGCCCAUCACCCUCAUUUCCUUUAUAAGGUCCACAAGAUGUGUGCAAGUGUACGGUUGUCCCUUUGUUACAGUUUGCAUUCUUGUCUGUGCUGAGAACCAUUUAGUACCACAUCAUGUAUGAACCCUAGUCCAACUGAGGUAAAUUCCCUGGCAACAUGCUGUACACAUCUUUGGACCCUACGUGACAUGUUUGUUCUAGAGGUUACUGUAUCUUCAGGUUGACAGCAUGCAGAAACAUAACAGCCUGAUGCUCAUUUUAAAAAUGCUAUUCAUUUGCAAAGCAACUAGUAAAUGGACAGUAGAUGAGCGCCAUACAUUAGUCAGGAAGAUUAUCAAAACAUGACCCUAAAGGCUGUGGAUACGCCAGGGUGGAGUGUCUGAAUGGUAGAAAACAGACCUAUUAACUUGCAUCAGAGGAUGAGGGUUGUUCUAAUGUAUAAAACUGAAAAUAUUGUACAUAGAACUUUUUAUUCAAUAAAUUUUUUUAAACCUUA